UCACGGAAUUGCUAUUACAGGGGUUGGGGGUCUGAUUACCUAUUCAACGCCCCACCAUUUAGGUUUUUAGACCAAAAUAUCCUGCCUCUCUUUUUCCCAAAACUCAUCACUCCAGAUUUCUUCCUCCCCAAAUCAAACAUCCAUUCGCCCUUCAUCUUCAUCUCCUACAUUUUCUUUUUCUUUUUUUUCCUGAUUCCUUUUAGUUAAAGUUCUUUCAUCUUCAUCUCCCCAAAUAUUUUAAAUCCAGAAGUACCAGCAAAGUAUUGAGAACUCCUCAUCAGGAAACUGCCUUUCCAAAGGCUCGUUCGUGAAAUUGCCCAAGACUUUGAAGCUUUACAUGGAGACCAUCCAGGAUCUCCUUGAUCCGACAAAUGAUAAUAUAUAUUCAACCAUGUUACUGCAGGUACAUGUUAAGAGAUCAGUCUUGGGAGAAGAAGUUGCCAUUCCAAGUGAAUCAAACAAGUCUUCUCACUUUGUCAAACCUCCAAAGCCUCUUGUCCGGAAAAGCAAGCUAGUAUUGGUAGAUUUGCCAGGCUCAGAGCGUGUUCAAAAGUCAGGAAGUGAGGGACACAUGUUAGAAGAAGCUAAGUCUAUUAACCUGUCACUGAGUGCUUUGGGAAAGUGUAUUAAUGCUUUAGCAGAGAAUAGCGCUCAUGUGCCCAUUCGUGAUUCAAAACUGACGAGGCUACUCAGAGAUUCUUUCGAAGGUACUGCCAGGACCUCAUUAAUUGUGACAAUUGUCCCUCCCCCUCGACAUCGAGGAGAGACUGCAAGUACGAUAUUGUUUGGUCAAAGGGCAAUGAAGGUGGAGAAUAUGUUGAGAAUAAAGGAAGAGUUUGAUUAUAAAAGUUUGGCUAGAAGGCAUGAAAUACAGCUGGAUAAGCUCAUUGCAGAAAAUGAAAGGCAACAAAAGGCUUUUGAUGACGAAGUUGAAAGAAUAAACUUAGAAGCACAAAACCGUGUCUUUGAGGUUGAGAGAAAUUUCACAGAUGCCUUAGAGAAGGAACGACUAAAGUACCAGAUGGAAUAUAUGGAAUCAGUUAAGAAGCUGGAGGAAAAAAUGAUAGUAAAUCAACGGAAGCAUCAGCAUGAUGGCUUCAUGAAAGACAAAUGUAAUGGGGAGGUACUUUGCAUCAAGAACCAUAUCUUGUUUCAUGUUAAGUUUAUCAGGUGAAUUCAUGGCUAGCCAGUUGGAAACUUGUCUUGAUGACAUUUAUGAUCUUUCUUUGAUAUAACAGCAUUAAGGAAUUGUGCAUUAUUUUCCUAACUUAUCAUGGCAUAUUUUUCUUGUGUUUAAGUUUCACUUUAGAUAUGUAGUAGCAUGCCCAUUGUUGAGCCAUGUUUUUUAUAAUUUUCUUGUAUAUGUGGCUUAAAGUUUCUUCCAUCAGUCAGAUUUUUGUCCCAUACUGUGGCAAUCACCUCUCAAAGCUAUUUCUGCGAACUCAAGUUCAAAGUUCUCUAUUUCGCAUGAGUUUAUUAGAA